UCGCGUUGUCGCGGCGUCGGAGGCCAUUUGCUGACUGUCGACAGCUGUCGCCUCGCGAGCUUCGGCGUUGCCUUUUGUUUAAACGUCAACAGCCGCCGCUGCCGCCGCUGCUGUUGCUGUGGUGGUGGUGAGAAGCCUCUCGUCUUGUUUCGUGGGCGUUACGAAGUCUGUUAAGGCUACACGGGGGAUCUUUGUCUGUGUGUGUAGCCAUGUCGAGCAUUAAGCUGCAGAGCUCCGAUGGAGAGAUCUUUGAGGUGGACGUGGAGAUCGCAAAGCAAUCGGUGACCAUCAAGACCAUGCUGGAGGAUCUGGGUAUGGACGAGGAGGGUGAUGAGGACCCGGUCCCUCUGCCCAACGUCAACGCUGCCAUCCUCAAGAAGGUGAUCCAGUGGUGCACUCACCACAAGGAUGACCCGCCUCCACCGGAGGACGACGAGAACAAAGAGAAACGCACCGACGACAUCCCCGUGUGGGAUCAGGAGUUUCUCAAGGUGGACCAGGGUACGCUGUUCGAACUGAUCCUGGCUGCUAACUACCUGGACAUCAAGGGUCUUCUGGACGUCACCUGCAAGACUGUGGCCAACAUGAUCAAGGGCAAGACCCCAGAGGAGAUCCGCAAGACGUUCAACAUCAAGAACGACUUCACGGAGGAGGAGGAACAGCAGGUUCGCAAGGAGAACCAGUGGUGUGAGGAGAAGUGAGGGCACAGAUCUCAGCUGCAUGCACUCACCACUCGCACUCACCACUCGCACUCACCACUCGCACUCAACACUCGCACUCACCCUCACCACUCAACCCUCACCACCACAUUCUCUUUCCCUAUCGUGCUGGCUUAUAAGGGGGAGGUGGAAUCCCUCCCUCACCACCCCUCCCCUCACCACCUCCCUCCCCUCACCACCCACCCCUCGCUGUUCGUAUUUAACCCAGGCGACGACCUCCCAAAUGCUCCUCACCCCGUGCUCACUUCACCCUCACCCCUCGCUCACCCUUCCCCCCUCUCUCCUUACCCUUCACCCCUCACCUCGCUCACCUCUCUCGCUUCUCGCUCACCUCACCCGGCUCACCCCAUUGUCUAUUGAAACCCGAGAUGCCCUCCCACCUCCUCACCAGCUCUCUCCCUCACCAGGUCUCUCCCUCACCCCUCUCACCUAUCCCUCGCCACCUCGCCUCUCUACUGUCACCUCUCCUCUCUCACCCUCACCACUCCCUCACCUCUGUCACCCUGUGACGAUGCUGUGCGGUGACUUGUGACUAUACGAGUUCAACACCCGCUUACACCCCCAAGCUAGACCACGUGAUCUCACCACACACUCACCCCUCGCCACGCACUCACCACACCAUCACUACUCACCACACCAUCACUACUCGCCACACACCACACACACCACACUCGCCACACGCUGAGACAGGUCCGGCAGAAAUCGUCUCUUGCAUCACAGCAGCGAGUCCCGCCAGCUGUAACCGGGGGAUAGCCGCUCGCGUAGUCUCGAGGCUGCAUUUACCGUAGAAGGAGUUUGCGACAGUUCAUUGUGUGGUGGUGGUGGUAGAGAUGGUGGAGAUGGUGAUGGUGGAGAUGGUGGUGGUAGAGAUGGAGAUGGUGGUGGUAGAGAUGGUGGUGGUGGAGAUGGUGGUGGUGGAGGUGGUGGAGAUGGUGAUGGUGGAGAUGGUGGUGGUGGAGGUGGUGGAGAUGGUGAUGGUGGAGAUGGUGGUGGUAGAGAUGGAGAUGGUGGUGGUGGAGAUGGUGAUAGUGGUGGUGUGACUUUGGUGACAGUGGUGGUUUAGGUCCCAUCGGGGUUGUUUUGUCUCGGCCGUUUUAGUUUUUUUUCGUGUUGAGUUUGCAGUGUUGGAUCUUGUGGCUUUUGGCAUUCGGGAGGAGAUGUGGGAGGUGGUUGUUGGCUGGUUGGUGGCUUUUGUGACGCGGACUUUUGGGCCACAGUUCCACGGUGGAGGCGAAACGAAACAAGUAGAUGGGGAGAGAGGGGGAGGGGGAAAGAGGGGGGAGAGAGGGGGAGAGAAAAAGCGAACAAACGCCACUUACACUCUAGAACAGGGGGGAGGGGGGAGUUUAAACAAACUCCACUUUUUAAGAGAGAAGAGCGAGGCUGUCUGUACACACAGCCCCUGGAAACUACCCCCCCCCCCCCUCCACGUGGUAGCGUGAUCCCCACACAGACCGCCAGCCCCCCCACCCUUCGCUAAAAGUGUUUAACCUCGUUAGGCUGCUCAGUGUAAUUAUUAUCGUCGUCAUUGUCGUCGUUCUUCUCUGUUCAUUAAAGAUUCCUUUUUGGAAAGACUCAAA